AGAAAAUUGCUUCCGAAAGUUGUUGAAAAUUCAAGCAAAUCCAGUAUUUCCAGAUAACGUGGAGAAUGGAUGGAUGGCAUGUCAAAUGAUUUCACCUUGGUAUUGGAUCUCUUUAGAUCCCUCUCAUGGAAGCUUCCAGCGAGCACAUACCAUUAAGUGGGCGGACUAAGGCUAAGUGAGAAUUGGAUCAUCAUUCUCUUAGUGAACGUUCGAAGUGCAAGGUUGCUCAUUAGGGUUCCAAUAGACGUUCUAAUCAACUCUUGUUCCAAUCGAAACUCAAUCCCAACUAGGUGCUAAAAUUAGCCAAUCCAGGAUCUCCGAUUCUCUUUAAAGCCGAGCUCCGUCUGAAAAGCCGCAGAGAACCUUCUCAGCAUCUCAUCUCUAGUCAGAUCGAUGCUUCACAAUGACACCGGCAUGAGUGUGUCCAAGAUUGGGAACGUGACCAUCUUGUCCUCCAUCGGAGUGGCAUUCUUCAUCUGUCCAAUUGUGAUCCUCAGUAACCUAUUGGUGAUCCUGCCCUUUGGUCGAGCUCGACGCAUUCGAAGUGCUCCCAAUCAACUGAUCUUGGCCUUGGCUAUUACCGAUUUGGUUGCGGGCAUCAUAAUCCCGCUCUCGGCCAUCUUCCAAUCCUUCUCAGACCUCUUUUCGGAUGACGUUAGUUUCCACACGAUUCGUCAAACAUUUCUCUCGUUGCUUUUCGUCGUGGAAGUGGCCAAUGUGUUGUUGCUGACCUCGAUCGCUCUGGAUAAGGUCAUAUCAUUGGCCAAGCCGCUCCAUUACAGUGACAUAGUGACAUUUGGAUCCGUGAAGGUAUUCUUCGUCGGAGUGAUAGUGGCAUUGCUAAUCUUGGGAACAUUGUUCACCUUCUCUCAUGGGUCCACGAUGCAAAUGUUUUACUUAGAUUCAGCCACGAUAUUUCAUAGCGUGCUCUUGUUCGGAUUGAGCUUACCUUGUGGGAUCAUUUUGGCAUACUCUUACUACUACGUGUACGUGAUCGCUAAUCGGCAUGCCAAGGACAUUCAAGAGGUGGCCAAAGUGGUUCGAAAUAAGGAGAUGGGCGAUUACAGACAUAACUUUGUGAACAAGGGAGAGGAUGCCAAGUUUCUCCUGCCUCCAAACCCCAAAUUCAUGCAGUCCAGAAGGUCUACUUGCUCCAGCUCUUCUCAACCUUCAUCAUCGUCAGUCUCCACUAGAAGAUUCAAUUUCCAUUCAACCUUGAUGGUCAUGGUGGUUUCCUUUGCCGUGUCAAAAUUCCUGUGUCCAUUGGGCGUCAUCGUUUGUGACUUCUUUGAUGGACUCAUUUGGCUUCAACGGGUAUUUUUCCUUCCAAUUUUCCUCCAGAGCGCCAUCAACCCCUGGUUGUAUGGAUAUCAUAACAUAGACAUCAAGCCGCAAAUGCGGAGAAUCAUCCGGCGUAUCUUGCGUAAAAUGGGUUUGACCACCACCGUGGACCGUUGCUUGGUCAAAUUCAACGCCACCUUUUACUCCCUAAAUCAGGGAACGAGUCGUCAAGCCAUAUGUCAAAAAUUCAAUGGUUUUGGGGAUAAACCUUUCAACACUUUCAACCCCAUGGCCACGCGUUUCUUCCAAGAAAACGAAACACGAUUGGAUGUGCCAGAAUUAAAAGUUCAAGAGGACCUAGCCAGUGGGAUGCAGACCGAGGUAUUUCUUACUAAAAUGGGCGAUGCCACAGCCAGACCGCAAAUACAUACAGAAAUCCCCACCCAAUGCUGGGAGACUACAACCGACCGUAACGAUAGGUCCAAGGGACACGAGAAGACCAAACGAACGCGGAACAAGAAGUCCCACAAAAGGCUCCGUAAACCUAAGGUUCCUAUCAUUGUGAUUUGGCUGGAAGAUCCGAGAUCCGGUGUACAAGUUUAAAUAAUGAUUUUAAAUUUUGCGAAAUAUAACUUGUUCCACAAA